UUUUAGAUGAAUGCCAGCAGCAGUGACAGCAGCAACAAUACAUGCUUCAUAGGCGAAGGAUGCAGCAAGUAUGUGAUACCAGGUGAUCGACUGUUUCCCAUUAGUGAACAGCUGAAAGCAGGCAUCGGUACUUACGAAUUGUUCGGGCAUAUUUAUGCAUCAUUAGCUGGUACCCUACACAUGUAUACAACUGUCGAGCGUGACAAAGAAACGAAAAUCGUAGAAGUACGACGAGAAUCGGAAAAAGAGAAACGACAUAUCAUGCCAUAUGUUGGAUGCAUUGUAACUGCAAAGGUGCAAAACAUUGGUCAGAGAUUUGCCAAAUGCGCAAUACAUUGCGUGGAAUGUUCCGUUUUAUCUCACGAAUUUAAUGGAAUAUUGAGGAAAGAAGAUAUAAUGCCCAUCGAGAAAGAGAAAAUAAAACUAGAGCAAUGUGUGCAUCCUGGUGAUGUCAUCUUAGCACGUGUUAUUGGUUUUGGUGAUAAUCAGCAUUCAUAUUUGCUUAGUACCGUAGAAGAUGAAUUGGGUGUUGUAAGCGGUAUUGGUGAUUUUGGUGGACGGAUGGUACCAUGUUCUUUUAGUGAAGUAAAAUCAGUUGUGACAGGUACGCGCGAACCUAGAAAAGUAGCGCAUAUACCUGAUUUAAAUCGUUGAAAAUUGUCUUGUACUAUAUCCUGUGUUAAAUUUCUUUAAUUUGUUUUGCAAGUGUUUACCGUUAUUAAGGCAUGGUUAUGAUGAAUUCAAAGCAGACUUUCAGUUCAUAAUCAUAAUGUUUUAAUAUAUGGAAAGGGCUGAAGGUCCUAAGAAAACUUGAGAUUUAAUGUCUAUCGUAAAUUUCUACUGAACAGAGUAGAAAUUUCUUUUAUUUGGAAGAGGACGCAUGUUACUUUGUAAUGAAUUCCAUGUUGUAAUAUUCACUUGUUAUUGACGGCUUAUAUUGUGAAUCAUUGUGGGUCUUUGUGGGAUAAUCUGUGUUAUCAUGUUGUUGUCGUUGCUGAGGACCACCGUGUAUGGCUAUUCUUUAAUUACUCUUAUGUUUUUGUUAAAUGUUCAAUUAUCAUUCAGGCUGAUUACUGAUGCAUCAUUUGUCACACGUGAUAUGUGAUCUACAGCUUACUGUUCGCAUUUUGAUUAAAGUUAGCAUGUUACUGCAUGAGAAUAAUUUCAAAGACAUCC